UUAGAUGUCUACGUCAGCGGGAUGGGACGGUGUCUUAGAUGGUAUAAUUAAUGAAGAGGAAUGUGAUUUACCGGACAAUGAGCGGGGUUCGCCUGGUAACUGCGGUUCCGCAACUAUUGGCAUAACGUACUUGUUGUCAUAUUUGGUCAUCUCUUUCUUGAUCGUUAUCAACAUGUACAUUGCUGUUAUUCUCGAAAAUUACUCACAGGCGACAGAAGACGUACAAGAAGGUUUGACCGACGAUGACUACGACAUGUACUAUGAAAUCUGGCAAAGGUUCGAUCCUGAAGGUACUCAGUACAUACGCUACGAUCAACUAUCCGACUUCCUGGACGUACUCGAACCGCCGCUGCAGAUUCACAAACCGAACAAAUACAAGAUUAUUUCAAUGGACAUACCGAUCUGUCGUGGGGACAUGAUGUUCUGCGUGGAUAUCCUGGACGCGCUCACGAAAGACUUCUUCGCCCGCAAGGGCAACCCCAUCGAGGAGCCCGGCGACAUCGUCGGAAGACCGGGCGAGGCCGGUUACGAGCCAGUGUCGUCAACACUGUGGCGGCAGCGCGAGGAGUACUGCGCGCGGCUCAUCCAGCACGCGUGGCGGCGGCACCGGCGCGCGCAAUCGCCGGGCGGCGAGGCGGAGGGCGAGGCGGGCAGCGCGGGCGGCGCGGGCGAGGCGGGCGAGGCGGGCGCGCCCACUGCCGUGCUGCUGGACGCGGGCGCGGGCGGCGCGCACCGCGUGGUGCUGCAGGCGGCGGGCGCGGCCCCGCGGCCCCCGGACCCCGCGCCGCCGCCCGCGCCCGUCUGACCCGCGCUCGCGCUCGCGCUGCUGCCCGCGCUCAUCGACGACGAGCCGCUGCCGCUGCCCGCACCGCUGCCCGAGCUCUUGAGCCCACCCAAGCGCACUUAAUUAUUUUUUACGCUAGAUGUUUACGUAGUGUCGGCGGGCGAGCGAGGAACGCGGCCGCGCUCUCGCGGACGAUAGGCGGGCGCGCGCUGAGACGCGAGUGUUCAUCCGAGUGUUUUAUAUUCGUGUGGCCGAAGCUUAUGAGACAGUUUGUUUUGCGACCGAUGUUCGCAUUUAUCGAGUUUAUCGUUUAGUGUAUCACGUUACUUUUAAACGUGUCCUGGAAGAGGAGCGGUGUCCGUUCGAGAGAAUCGUUUUAGCGAGCACGCUAUUUUCGUCACUAGUUCUAUAAGUAUCGGAUGAACUGAUAAAAUUUAAAAUGCUUAUUUUUAUAUUGAACAUUACGUCAAUAACCAUGUAAAUUCGAAAGCAGAUUGGGAUUAUAGAUUUAAAUAAUUUAGCGACUGUGAGAUGCUAUUUACCUUCCCCGAAAUGGUAUCUAAUAGUGGCUAAGUUUGACAACUUCUUUUAAGUAGGCUGUCGUCCGAAUGCGUCUCGAAUUGAAUUUUAAGCUAAUAAAGCAAUUUGCAGCACGGUAUGUGUGUUGUGACGAAACCUAAGCUCAAAUUGUGGUUCUUAUUAAAAUAUUUACGAGACAUAUUUUGGCACCAGAACGGUAUGUCAAAAUAAACAGCAUUUCAUUCGUCCGAUUCGACAGACAUUGACGAAUCGAAUCUUUACCUACGCUUAAAACAAUGGCUACGGCAAUUCAUAUCAAUUAUGUCCAUGAUAGUUUUAAUAGUUCCAAAUUUAAGCUUCUUAUUGUAUCGAACAACGUAACGUCUAACCUUUCAUGUCGAGGUCGGUCGCCUCAGAGAUAAAGAAAUUUAGAAAUUUUUGCUACAUUGUCUUUAUAAGCUUAGCAAAUCAGCAGUGAAAUUGGUACCAGAGUUCACUUCCGUCCUAAUUCAAUCGCAUCAUAGGAAUCGAGCCAUUUUACGUAAUGCGCACCUUCUUCGUAGUUAAUGUAAUUAAUUUCCUUCCCCUCAAUUACAUUAGCUGCGCCGUGUGGCAGCGGCGCCGCGCGGCUCCCCACGUUGCGGCUUCCCUCCGCCACACUCUAGUUCAACUAUCGCACCAAGCAGGACGGCCUCGUUGUCGGUGCGCCCUGCGUGUGUACCUUGCUCAUUGUUCUAUUCGUGCUCGUGAAGACUAUUGCUUGUAAUACUUCAUGGACAUUAAAACAAUGAACAUGUACGUACGGUGACGGGCUGACUCCGCGCUAGUGAGAUACUUCAACUAAUAAAUCUUUAUCUGAUUACCAGCUGGCUGGUAUUGCUUUGAUGUAUAUUGUUCUUGCACACCAUUUUAACUACGAUCUAUCUGGUUAUGUGCAUAAAUCAUUGUCGAGCGAACCGAUUCGGCUAUCUGAAAGACAUGACCGUAAUUAUUAGCAAUAAGAUUAUUAUUGAUAUACCUAAGAUAUCGAACGUCCCUUACCGAGUAAGGUAGAAUAUUGAAGAAUUUUAAUUUUUGACAUCUCCGUGUCUUAAACAGAUACGAUUAGAAAAACAAUAAAUCACAUUCCCAUCGUCUUAGCGACGUGACAUUCCUCGACUAGUUAAAGGUAGAAUUCCGACAGUAUUGUCUCUUCUAGCACAAUAAAAUAAAGAAUGAAUUAAGGAAGUUUGUAAAUUAUCUUGGAGUGGUCAAUUUUUUACUUCUGUGUAAAUAUAAAAUGCUUUCCGCCGGGAGGAGCCCGAUCUGCACCUCGCCACACUUAUUUUAUCAUGUAACUAUUGUUAUCAGCGAGUCGCGCAGCGAUACGUAAUAAGCUUCAAGCAAUAACAUUAACGUGUGCUCGAGUUUCGCUUUUUAUUACGAAACUGUCACUGAAACGUUGUGUGUUGGUUGUUUUCAUUCGUUUUUACAAGUGCAUUGUGAAAAAAAAACGUGCUAGAUGAUUUACAUAUUGCAAAAGUCGAUGUAAUGUAAAGUUAUUAAAUGAAGCGCUUAACCUUUUGCACAUAUUUUGAAAUAAUAAUUACGGUUACAGAUAACAAAUAUGUAGAUACUUUUGUAAAUGCUGCACGGAACGUGGGCUGUCGAAUUCCCCAUCGUUUGCACACGUUUCGUGCCAACAGACAAAUAUUUAACUUAUUUCAGUUUACGUUACAUUGCUGUAUUGGACAACAUCAUCGUCGUGUUCAAACGUUUGAGGUUGUAGUCGAAGAGAAUUAUUUAGUCUUUACCAUGACUUUCGGUAACAUGUUUGAUAAAAUACCUACCGAAAACAGUGUAAACGUAGAGAACAAUUUUGUGGUAGUUAAUAGCUAAUUUGUUAUCAGACGUACACAGUAAAUUUGCUAUUGUAUUACACAUUUUUUAGACCAAAAUAUAAUUACAUGCAAAAUGUGAAGCUGCUUUUCUGCGACAUAGAUAUCCGCAAAGAAUGAAAUAAAGCGUUUACUUGGACUAAAUAAUUUUCUUCUCUCAAAAAGUAUAAAGUAUAUUUUUGUUGAUAAUUACUGAAUGUUAAACUAAUUGUGUUGGUAAAACCAAACAUUUUAUCUACUAUUAGGCAUAUUGGCACAAAAAAGUUGUGUUUAAUUAAGUUUAGACAAUAAGUUAUGAUAUCAUUGUAUUAUUUCUUUGAAUAAAACUUAUGACAAAAAGUGAGUUCAGUUUGCUGAAUGAGAGGUUUAAUUGAGUAUUUAUUAUAUUAUAUAUAUUGUUGAAGUUUGUACAAAAUAAAUUAAGUAAACGAUAAAAUAUAGAACUUGACUGCUUUA